AUGGCUUCUUUGAGUUUCACAUUGUUCUGCGGCUAUUUUCUGGCCAUUAUUUUGAUCAGUCAUGCUUUCGAGGCGCCCAAGGCGCAAAUCAAAGUUCUUAAACCUAAAGGGUUCGAAGUAUCCAUACCAGAUCAAAACGGCAUUUCCCUUUUCGCCUUUCAUGGCAAGCUAAACGAAGGAUUUAACGGCUUGGAGGCAGGACAGUUUUCGCGAGACAUAACGAAAGCUGAAGGAGGUCGUUGGACUUAUCGUGAUACGGAGACCGAGUUGAAAUCGGGCGAUACGCUUUACUUCUGGACAUAUGUUCUAUACAACGGCCAGGGCUAUCGCGAGGACAAUGGAAAGUUUGUGGUCUAAGGGUACAGUAAUUAAACAACUAAUUAUUGUCAAUGAUUAAAAUUGAAAAAAAAAAAACAAAACGAUUAAAUGUUAUCAAUCAUUACUUUUGAAAAUAAAUAUGCUUGCAAGUAA